UCUAACAUCACAGGAGCUCUUAACACAAAAUGCCUGGAAAAGGUGUAUGACGAAUUUCCAGUGCUUAGGUCAGGCACGGACCGGAUUCACAAACAAGCUAUCUUCGAUAAAAGGUACAAAAUACAGUUAUAUGAGGACGACAAUCAUGAAGGACUCAAUCCCCGGGAGCUGAGAAUCUUCACUGAUGGGUCCAAAACAGACAGCGGAUCGGGCUCUGGAACCUUCUCAGAAGACCUGAACAUGUCGAUCACCACUCCGCUAGGAGCCCAUAACUCGGUAUUCCAAGCUGAGUGCAUGGGCAUCAUAAACGCGGCGGCUGCACUCACUGCAAGGAAGGUAGUAGGAUCCUCCAUCCGCAUACUCUCCGACAGUAGAGCAGUCUUAAUGGCUCUAAAUAGCCAUAUAGUUACAUCCAAACUUAUACACGAAUGCCACGAACGACUAAUGGAGGUAUGUCAUAAUAACAAGAUCACCCUACAAUGGAUCAAGGGACACAGUGGAUCCCGAGGUAACGAUGCUGUGGACGAGCUUGCCAGGCAAGGAUCGAAUGCGGGGGCGAUUGGUCCGGAACCGAUUCUUCCGAUACCAUUUAGCAAGGUACGCUCAAUGCUGCUGGCUGGCACGUACAGGGAAACUACACACAGAACACUGGCUGAACCAGACUGGAUGCAGACAGGCAAAAGAAGCCAUGCCUGGCAUCAACGGAAAACUCACAAGGGCGCUCCUGCAACUAGGGAAGGUCCGACUGAGUAUGGUAACCAGUGUCAUAACAGGUCAUGGACUAUUUAACAAACAUCUUUUCACAACAGGUGUCACAGACAGUCCCCUGUGCCGAGGUUGCAUGGAGACAGAAGAAACAGCCUCUCACGUGGUGCUGGAAUGCAGCGGAGUGACUCCAUACAGGGCUAAACAUCUCGGAUCUCCGAGAGACCUCCCCGAGGUCCUACUCAACAUCAAUGGUUUGAUAGGAUUCCUCGAGGAGCUGGGCUGGCAGGACUAGCCUACCCCCAACAUAUCACGCAAAAUAGGCGCAAGUCGUCGAGUUGCGGAAAAAUCGCCCGAAUACAAUACAAUACAAUACAAUACAAUACAAGGUGCGACCAGACCGCAGCUUAAAAAACGGUCACGAUACGGAAUCGCAGUGACGCGUCGUAUGCGUACCGUUUUUGACGCAUGCUCCCCACACCGCUGUUUAAAAAACGGUGACGGUACGGAAUCGCAGUGACGUGCUUCACGCGAAUCUUUUUUGUUCGCAAAACAGUUGCGUCUUUUACGUCACCGGUACGGUGUCUGCCAUAAGAUCUCCGUGUAAUAUUUUUUGCGAUUUUUACGCAGUUCAAUUUACGGUGCGUCAGCUUAUCUUAAGCAGUGGUGUGGCGAGCAUGCGUCAUGGACCCGGGUACGUCCUUAAACUACGUCCAAAAGAGAGGUAUGGGCAUUGUGAAUGUCAUCUCGCUUUGUGUGGUAGGGCACAGCCAGUGGGUGUCAUUCCAGAUCCAAAUUUUCUUGCGUGAUUCGGCAUUGGUCCCAUAAUAAAAGUUGUUCAGUAUGACCUGUAAAGUCACUGCGCAGAGUAUGGCUGGUGGUUAAAUUUUCAUCUUAUACCUAUAUUCGACACAAGUAGUAAGUACUUACAGACCAACUAUGAUACACAUUUUGCCUGUAUAGUGAUACAUAGUGAAUAAAUUAAUACCUGAUUUAAAAAAUAAAACAAAAAUAACAAAUAGCAUGUUAUUUAAUUCAGUAAUCACUAAUCAGUCUUAAACAAUGAACAUCAUACUUUUAGAUUAGACAACAAAAUGUAUAUUUAUACUGUGUUUCGACUUGAAAGAUUUUACUGCUUUAAAACAUAAGACAAACCUACCAACCAAAUGUAUAAAAAAAAAAUGUUUUUUGUGAUUAUUAUUUUCCUAUAGGUUUCACGUAAAUGUUUGUAAAAAGGAAAUAAUCUCCAUAAUAUAAGCUAUUAGUUGACACCUCGAUGAAUACAAUCGGUUAAGUGGUUUUCGAGAUACACCGCCAAAAAGAAUAGGUCCGGACGCCAUCUUUGUGACGUCAUUACUAUCCCCUCCCACCAUUUUUCCGCUUUACUACCGCAUGUACGGUGAUCAGGAGAAACGCCCGAACACAUUGAUACCGGUUGUGGGUAAGGCCGAGCUGAGUCAAUUAAAUCUGGCCUCGGAGCGGCUUGGGGACUACUAAUAGUAAAAGUUGUUCAGUAUGACCUAUAAAGUCGCUGCGCAGAGUAUGACUGGUGGUUAAAAGUUCACCCUGUAUAAAAA